AUGUGUGCUGUAGAGGAUCUCACAUGGACCCCCGCCACUGUCACGGUCCCCUUCACCCCCAGUAUGGCAGGCUCACUGAGUUUGCGCGUGCCAACGCCCAACUUCAACUUUAUAUUCAGGGCGGCGACAGUUUGCCAUAUCAGAGGGAAGCACUACGACACCGAACACUACAGUGGGAAGCACUAUGGCACCGAACACUACAGAGGGAAGCACUAUGGCACCGAACAUUACAGAGGGGAGCACAAUGGCAUCGGACACUACAGAGGGAAGCACUAUGGCACCGAACACUACAGAGGGAAGCACUACGGAACCGACCGCUACAGAGGGAAGCACUAUGGCACCGAACACUACAGAGGGAAGCACAAUGGCAUCGGACACUACAGAGGGAAGCACUAUGGCACCAAACACUACAGUGGGAAGCACUAUGGCACCGAACACUGCAGAGGGAAGCACUAUGGCACCGAACACUACAGAGGGAAGCACAAUGGCAUCGGACACUACAGAGGGAAGCACAAUGGCGCCGACCGCUACAGAGGGAAGCACUAUGGCACCGAACACUACAGAGGGAAGCACAAUGGCGCCGACCGCUACAGAGGGAAGCACUAUGGCACCGAACACUACAGAGGGAAGCACUAUGGCGCCGACCGCUACAGAGGGAAGCACAAUGGCACCGAGCACUACAGUGGGAAGCACUAUGGCACCGAACACUACAGAGGAAAGCACAAUGGCAUCGAACACUACAGAGGGAAGCACUAUGGCACCGACCACUACAAGGGGAAGAACUAUGAGAUCGACCGCUGUAGGGGGAAGCACUGCAGCACAGACCACUGUAGGGUCAACUACGGCAACUACAAAACCUACAACUACCGAAACUACGAGACCGACAACUACGGUCACUACAGGACAAACAACAACGUUUACUGCAGGGCAAAUAACUACGGUAACUACAGGACAAAUAACCACGGCAACUACAGACCCUACAACUAUAGUAGCUACAGGGCCGAUAACUAG